AUGGCCUGCUGGCUCAACCACCAGGAGCUCAUGCCACUACACUACAUGUGGGGUUACUCCAUGUUUGUUCCAAGAAAACUUGGGAGAUCUUCACAACAAACUAUGCAAUAUAUUCAGAUUGCACAAGCUCAUCUGAUGGUCAAUCCUAAAGACAAAUUAAAGCCUGUAUUUCCUGAUACUGAUAUACUGUGGUGGAAUACUGCAGCUGAUAAUUCACUGCCUAGUUGCAUGAGAUCAUGCUUCAUGGCUCUUUACACCAUUACGAAUGAGAUCACAGAUAUGGUUGAAAAGGAGCAUGAACUGAACCUUGUCAAUCAUCUCAAGAAAGCAUGGGUAGUGUUGUUUGAUGGAUUCAUGGUUGAAGCAAAAUGGCUAGCAACAAAUCAGGUUCCUACUGCAGAGGACUACCUAAGAAAUGGUGUCAUCACUUCAGGAGUGCCACUUGCAUUUGUACACCUACUUGUCCUGCUAGGUAUGGUCAAAGUAUUGAAGCACUCAUUGACCACAUCCCUUCUGUCAUCUUUUGCCCUGACCAAGAUUGUCCGACUUUGGGAUGACAUGGGCAGCGCCGAGGAUGAAGCACAGGAAGGAUUUGAUGGUUCAUACAGGGACUUCUACCUCAUGGAGAACCCUGGAUCUAGCCUUUGUGGAGAGAUCGAGAAGAAGCGCAUUCGAAGAAAAUGA